CUAAGGGCCUGAGAAAGAUCAGUUUACAGGCUCCAGCCCUGCCGGGGAUCCUUCCUCCGUCCUCCAUCUUGGCACAGCCACAGGCCUCUGUGACCAUACGUUCCCAUUAGCUCACAGCCAGGGCUCCAUCUCCCAUGCACCAUAAUGUGCUCAGUUAUUCCCCUGCCCUGGCUUCUGAUUGGGAGCCUAGCAGCUGGAUAGUGACCUCCAGGACCCUCGCUCGAUUACAGCCUGUUUGUACAAGUCUUUCUGCCGUUUAAGGUGCCUGCAAGAGGGGUGUGAGGAACAGUAAGAGACUGGGCACUCUUGGCCCCAGGGACCGGCAUCAGAGGCCAAUAGCAUUCCAGCUGGGCUGGCAUCUGCCCAUGUGUCUCUUCGCGGGUUGCUUGCUGCCAUGAGGGAUCUUCUUCAGUAUGUUGCCUGUUUCUUGGCCCUUUUCUCCACCGGGUUUUUGAUUGUGGCUACCUGGACAGACUGUUGGAUGGUGAAUGCUGAUGACUCUCUAGAGGUGAGCACAAAAUGCCGAGGCCUCUGGUGGGAGUGUGUCACCAAUGCUUUCGAUGGGAUACGAACCUGUGACGAGUAUGACUCCAUAUAUGCAGAACACCCCUUGAAGCUGGUGGCAACCCGGGCACUGAUGAUUACAGCGGACAUUCUUGCUGGCUUUGGAUUUGUCACCCUGCCUGGGCUCGACUGUGUGAAGUUCCUGCCUGGUGAGCCACACAUUAAAGUUCGCCUCUGCUUUGUUGCUGGGACCACACUACUUAUUGCAGGUGCCCCUGGAAUCAUUGGUUCUGUGUGGUAUGCUGUGGAUGUUUAUGUCGAGCGUUCUUCUCUGAUUAUACACAAUAUAUUUCUUGGGAUCCAAUAUAAAUUUGGCUGGUCCUGCUGGCUUGGAAUGGCUGGGUCUUUGGGUUGCUUUUUAGCUGGAGGUCUCCUCACCUGCUGUUUGUACCUCUUUAAAGAUGUGGGACCCGAGAGGAACUACCCUUAUGCCAUGAGGAAGCGCUAUUCCACCGCAGGUGCUUCCAUGGCCAAAUCCUACAUGGCUCCUCGGACAGAGACAGCGAAAAUGUAUGCUGUAGACACCAGGGUGUAAAACCGGCCAAAUGUCAAUCUGUGCUUUAUGUUGUUGUUUAAUUAAUCAAUCAAUGUGUUCAAGUUAAUAAAAGUAACUGAUCAAUCUUGGA